AUGGCCAUUUUAUCACCAUAUUCAUCUUCUUUCCUAGACACACUCUUCUGCAAUGAAGAACACGAUCAACAAUGGAGUCUUGAAGAUGGCGAUGGAGAUGAAGAUGAAGAUGAAGUUACACAAACCACCCUCACAGACUCCUCUGAUCUCCAUUUUCCAUCCCUGGGCCAGCAAGAUUUGUUCUGGGAACAUGAAGAACUCGUGUCUCUCCUCACAAAAGAACAAGAACAAGAAAAACAAACCACUUGUACUUUCUCUUUUGACCAAACAGAUCCCUCUGUUUUUCUUGCUCGCAAAGAGGCUGUGGAAUGGAUCCUUAAGGUCAAAGCUCAUUAUGGAUUCACACCUCUUACAGCCAUUUUAGCUAUCAAUUAUCUUGAUAGGUUCCUCUCCAGUCUCCAUUAUCAGAAAGAUAAGCCAUGGAUGAUUCAUCUUGUUGCAGUCAGUUGCCUCUCUUUGGCUGCUAAAGUUGAAGAGACUCAAGUCCCUCUCCUACUAGAUCUUCAAGUGGAGGACGCAAAGUUCUUGUUUGAGGCCAAAAACAUACAAAAGAUGGAGCUUUUGGUUAUGUCGACACUGAAAUGGAGGAUGAACCCAGUUACUCCGAUCUCAUUUCUUGAUCACAUUGUAAGAAGGCUUGGAUUAAACAAUCAUCUCCAUUGGGAUUUCUUCAAGAAAUGUGAAGCUCUCGUUCUUGAUUUAGUCUCAGAUUCAAGAUUCGCAUGGUAUAAACCAUCUGUAUUAGCCACAGCUACGAUGCUUCGUGUGGUAGAUGAAACCGAUCUUCCCAACUCCAUUGACUACAAAAGUCAACUUCUGGAUCUUCUCAAAACCACUAAGGAAAACGUAAACGAGUGCUACAAGCUCGUUAUGGAGCUACCUUACAAUCAUCAUAAUAAGCGAAAUCCAGAAGAAAACGAGACGACAUAUCCUGUUAGCCCAGCUGGUGUCAUUGAUUUCACAUGUGAUGAAAGUUCAAAUGAUUCAUGGGAAAUCAACGAUCAUCUUUUCAAUCAACCUUCGUUCAAGAAAACGAGAUUCGAUCAACAGUUUGGGUUUAGUUCGUUUCUAAGUUUCGAACCAUUUGUGAGCCCUCGCUAGCCAUGAUUUCAUGGAGGGUAGCUGUUGUCGGAGCAUGCAGGUUAUUAAAAUCGGUCUAGUACUAGAUAUAAACGACCUGUAAUAUAUGGGGACUAAAUAUAAAACGACCAAGUGAGUGGUUGAUGUAGAGAUAUGGUCGUGGUUGGUCGAUUUCUAUUAUCCUUUUAGGUCGUUUUUAAUGUGAGAUAAAUUAAAUCGGGUAAUGUGAAGUCCUUUUCAAGCAAUGGAGAUAUAUUUAUGGAUGAUAUUUAAAAAAAUUAUUUUGUUGGGUCAUAAACUCUUGUCUUUAUACACAUAUUUCACGAUUUACUAGCU